AUGCGUCCUACCACCGUCCUCGUCGCCCUCGCCGCCACGGCCCUAGCCCUCCCAGUCCCCCAAACGGAGGAUUCCUCCUCCUCGUCCACCUCGGUGAGCGGCGGGCCCUUCUCCGGCCUCUUGAUCGGCAGCGGUGCUGCGUCGAGCGCGUCGGGGGGGAGUGCGAGCAGUUCGAGUAGUACUUGCAAUCUGGCGACUUGCGCUUCGGGCGCGUCUGCGGGCUCGGAUGGGAAGGCUUCGAGCAGUGCGGCGGCGGGGAGCUUGAUUAACAUCGGUGGGAGGGCGGUGCGGGGGGCGGUGGUGGAGAUAAGGAGGAUUGUGGGAAGUUACUGGGAGUAG